CAAACCAUCUUUGACAGACGGGUUUUGUUGUUUUUGUUGAGAGGCAGACAGAGGUAUUCUAUCGAGUGGUUUUGUAAUAUUUAUGUGAAAACAAAACGAGAACUAUGAAUCAUUUACCAAUAGUCCUAGUGUUAUCAGAAGGGGAUCUCAAGCCCAAUGAGAUAAUCGCAAACAUACGCAAAAUUCCAAACGAAAAUGAUCACGUACAGCUGGACAACACAGACCUGAUUGCAUACAAAUACCAUUUGGUCACAAAAUACUAUGAAACCGAUAUUCUGUUUAUGCCGUACGAGAAGUCGUUGAACACAUUUCCGCAUCACUUACAGGUCUCGGUGGAAGGCCUGUUCAUCUACUUCAACGCGAACGAUAGAGACUUUAUAAAUUCGAUACCGAAGUACGGCACCUACUUGCAGGAUAAUGAAAUCGAGCUGGGAAUUUUAUUGUGCAAUCAACUCUUCGACGAGGAAAAGGACGGGGUCACAUACAAGGAAGCAAGGCAAGCGUGUAAAUUACUCGAUAUCAUUGAACUGGGCCGGAUCAAGGAUGAUUCGGAUGCGGCUGAUGAUAAUGGCGAUCAUCACGACCCAGUUGGUUAUGAUGAACUGAUUCAAGUUCUCAAGAGUUUCCUAUGGUCAAAUAUUGAUGUGGACGGAGCACGCAACACAAAACCGGGUAAUUAUGGCAAAGGUCUCGCCGGAGCAGCGUCGUCCGAUCAAGAUUUAACGGAUGAGAAAAUCGAGGCAGAAUUGAUUGGCUUCGAGAAACUUCUAACUGAAGUGAUGGCAUUCAAGAGCAAUUCGUCAACGUGGUCGCGAAACGACCGACUGUCAUAUACGCAGAAUUUUGCAGAAGCUUUUGAUAACUUAAUAGGAGACGGUAGUUCGGAUGAAGAAUCAACAUGGUCGACAUCAAAAAAGAAACCAGAUUAGGAUCGAAAUUGUGGCUGCUGAAUUCCGUAUGUCAAAAAAAAUUAAUAAAAAACCGGCGCUUGAUACUGCGUAAA